UUCAUCUGCCGCUGCUGCGAAAGAGAGAGGGAGAGAGGGAGGCGCGCGCCCCGACAGCAGCAUCCUAGCCGCGGGUCGAGGGCGAGCGACGCUGCCUUUCUGCCGACGGGCUUUCCCGUUCCACGGCCGCCUCCCUGCAGCCGGGCGCGUCGCAAGCUCGCCGCCGAGGCCGUCGAUCACCGUCCGCCGCCUGCCUGCGAGGCCCACCCGCUGCUGCAGCAGCAGCGCCUCGUUCUCCUGGCGCCCCGGGGCAUGUCGUGAUGUGAUCGGCGGCGGCGGCGGCGCGUCCCUCGGGGCCCAUCCCGCUCGGGAGCCUCAGCAAGACGGAGAGGGCGGUGGAGCAGCGGGCCAAAGGCCGCGCCCCCAUGAAGGAGAAGGAGGCGGGGGCGGCCGGGGAGCGGGGCAAGCCGGCCACUUACACCGGGGACAAGAAGGCGCGCAUGGCGGCCAAGACCAACAAGAAGUGGGUGCGCCUGGCCACCGUGCUGGCCUACGUCCUCUCCGUCUCGCUGGCCGCCAUCGUGCUGGCGGUCUACUACAGCCUCAUCUGGCAGCCCGUGCGCGGCGGGCCGCACACCCCGCCACAGCCGCCCGGGACGGCCCCCAGCCCCGGCACCGGCCCGCCCGCGCCCGACCCCGGAGAGACCACGAGGCCGCUGGACGGCGGAGGCGCCGCCGCCGCCGUGCCGCCUACGCUGGAGCCCGACGCCUCGGCGCCGUAG